AUGUAUGAGCACGAUAUCCUACUGAGCGAGAUCGCCGAACCAGAGGACUACGUCUCUGUAGGCGCUACAGAAGAAAGCAACGAUGAUGGCAUUGAAAGCUUUGCCGGCACCGACUUUGUUGACGAACUCUAUACGAACGGCGGCGAACUCGAUGAGCAUGGCGUCAGCGUGCCUGUUGAGGUUCAGGCCACGAAUAAAGAUGACUUCAAGGUUGAUCAUUCGAAGGGAAGCUUUAAGAUGAAACCGGCGUCUAUUCCAGCCGAGAACUUCAUAUCACGAACGAGCGCGCCCGAUUUCGAUGCAGCCCAGGCACUCGAGAUGUUUCAGCGAAGAUACACGAUAGACUACGGAAGGAAGGCAUCCGGGUCCAGAGCUGCGAACCCUGAAGACAGAUACUUCCCUAUCUUUCACCUGGACAUGGUAGGCAUCGUUGGCCGGCCUCUUUGUCCGAUCACGAGAAGGAGCGGGUUCUUCGACAACGUCACGUUUACUCUGAGAUACUGGCACUCAUCGUACGCUGGCAAACACUUGACGGCCAACCUGCCCUUCGACAUUCGCAACCGGACUUUUCGAAUUGCGACUGCAGCAUCUCGCGAGGUUUGGUUCAUCGUGAUGCAUCCAAUGGAGAGCCAGAUGGAUGACUUGUCUGGGUCGCACGGCCAGCGUCGGCAACGGCAGAAGGCCUCCCGUCAAAGCAGCGCCUUCGAGCGACACCAUUCCAAGACACUUGCCGAAUACAUCGUCGAGGUCUUCACGGAUAGUGAACUCUUGGGCGAAGGGGUUGAGCCCUCAUGGGGCUUGAACGACCGGCGUACAUCAAUUCUGUCGUAUGACAAGUGGACAACCUUCCAGACACUCUUCAUGGCGAACUGGAAGACGUUUUCCGAAAAUCACUCCUAUGACCGCUUCUGGGUUGACAACGAGCCUGCUUUCCACACAUAUGACUGUGGGGCCAAUAUUGAGAUUGAAGUCAACGAGGAGCUCAAAGACCUACCGAUGGAGACACGCCUACGGUCGGAGAGCGAAGACGAGAAUGAUUCUGACUCGGACUCUGAUCCUGACUCCGAGAUUGAGCCUGAGCCUGAACCUGAGCCAGAGCCGGAACUUGCUUCUGAACUCGACCCUGGUGAACCUGGGUCUGAGACUGAGUCCGAGCAUAGUUCUGAGCUUGAAGCAAGUGGUUUAGAUGCUGUGGAUGAUCAUGAGAACAGUCAUGGUGACCACAGAGAUGGCACAGUCAGUGGGGGCGAAGCGCCUACCGAGGGUAACCCAGCAGGCCCCGAGAACAGCCACAACAUCUACCAAGAGCACCUGUAUAGUGGCGGACUUGAACAUCUCCGUACCGAACUGGAGAAGAAGUACAACAUCGACAACAUCGACCAGAUCUCCUAUGCCUUAGCGGCGGAUGUCAACUGUAUCGAGCGUACCUCCUCGAACCGAAGCUCGUUUCAGCAAGGUGAUGUCGAUAACGGAACACUGUCACUCCUAGCAGACCGAUGUGCACUUGUUCGGCAUUUUGGUGGGUUGAAAGGUUUCACUUUUUAUCCACUCGCAUUCCAUCCCAGAUAUGGGAACUUUUCCUCACCACAUCCACCACCUUUCCUCAACGAUAUAUGCCUUGUUAUGCGCCACAACAUGAGCUACCGCAAUAACGGUGCUGAAGACGUCCUCUCUUUCGGCUACUUCCAUGCCUACUCCAACAUCAAGCGGACGAUUCGACACAGCCCAGAAGACCUGCUUCCUGCUCGGGGCAUAGCCACCGGUGCUCUGACUCUUCCCCCGAGCGAGGCGAAACAGCGAGGUUACAUCUCCGCCCGUCAACAGCGACUGCUGCGAACUCUUGCUGGCGAGCAGACGCCUGACCAGCCAUCCCUGACCAUGCCAUUCGCGCGCGAGGGCCAUCGCAUAAGAGCAGCCAUGUCGCAAGAGCAGGUGGCCUUCCGUAUGGAGCAGGUUGUAACCGUCCGACCAAGCAAGCUUGAGCGUGGCCAUCGACACUUCUUCAGUGUUCUCCAUCCCAUCUUCCAGCUUAUGCGAUUCUUUCUCAAGGAGAAGCGGGCAUACAACACUGUGCUGAGGAGCUUUCUGCCAUCCGUCUUCCCCACCAUCCUCUGUUCCUUUGCUAAACUGUUUGAGCUUGGACUGGCGGAGAUGCAUCGGAGGUUCCUGGCACGGGCUGAAAAGGGUCUUGACCUGGCUCUUUCGGAAGCUGUCGCGGUGCUGGAUCGGCUGGGGAACUACUGCUUCACCGGUGACACGAGAGUGCUGAUGACCACCGUCUUCCGGCCGCUUCUUACUACGGAGAGCCUCAAGUCAUAUGCCUGGCCGUACGUGUCGGCUACCAUGCUCGACUUUCGCGGUUCGAGCGGCAAGCUGGAUAUCGUUCGGUGGCCCCGGACGAAGGAUGAAGAGCACAAACCGAUAUUGCUACACAUCGCGUCACUAGAGUACCACUACGGCCGGGUCGUCGCAGCCAACUGCCACAGCCGGGUAUGGUUCGGCCAGCUCGGGGCGGAGGACAUCAGACAUGUCGGAAGUGCCAUCAAGUUUCUGGGCAAGGUUAUCCGCGGAUUCUGGGUACCACAGAUGGUAGCUUUCAUGACACAUCAGCUCCGCAUCCACUUCAACCAAGGCGCCCGUAGCGGCCGAGACCCGGCAGAGCAUAUUCGACGAUCGGAGCGUUUCGGUACCGUCUUAGACGCAUGGGAGCAGAGCGAAAAGCCCUUCAGCAGCAGGUCAGUUAGAACUAUCCGCAGAGUGACCCUCCUGCAAGUCUGGCUGCUGUUCUCGGGAACGGCAGACGAUAUCGAACCUAUGCCUCUGCCUCCCCCCUCCAGGUCAAAUAAGGCACGAAGCGACUUUGCGAGCGAGAUAUACGAGGCGUGCCUGAAAGGCGAUGAGACCGCCAUACAAGCCAUAGCAUCUAAGAAUGCCACAUGGCCAUCCAUGCUCGGCGAAGCUAUACGCCAUACAAGAGAGGAGAGUGUGACGGCCCGCGAGUGGGUUGAUGCGAUCGCAAACCAGAUGGCAGAGGCUGGCAUAGAUUGGGUUCCUGGGUACUACUGCAAACGGCUGACGUCACGACGUAUCAUCCAGCUCGAGAGAGUCCAGCUUUCCGAGCGACCAGCAGUCGUGUUAACCGGACCACCGGAUAGUCUCAAGCGAGCAGCAAUGGAGGCAGAGCUGCGUAUGGCGGCAGGCGGAGAGCCCGCGGCAAAGCGGAGCAGGAAGAGAAAGAUCAAUAUAGGUUGUGAGUUGCGUCGCCCUGGUCAGCGGGAUGCCAUGCUGGCGACCAUGGGUCCACGUGCACCUGAGCAGGUCAUCGUCGUUCUUGCAACGGGUUCGGGGAAGACAUUGGUAUUCAUGGUCGGAGCCACACUGGCGGGAGCUGAAACAACCAUCCUGAUCCUUCCCACUGUAGCCUUACGUGGCUCGAAGAAAUCAGCCCCCAUCGUUGUUGUAUCGGCCGAGGCAGCUUGUACAGAGGCGUUCCUAGAGUAUGCCAAUCGACUGUCUGCAAGCUGUUACCGACGAAGUAUGUCGCAGCUAGCAUGGCACGUACGGCAGAUUCGUACACAGACUGUCUGGCUGACAGCGACACUACCACCAAUCUAUCAAGAGCUUUUCUUCGAGCACAAUAAGCUCGUGCGGCCGCAUAUCGUCAGAGAGUCAACAAAUCGUCCUAACAUCCGAUACAUCGUCCAGCAAGAACGUGGGCUAGGCAAUCUAUGUGAGCAGGCAGCUUGUCUUGCACAGUCUUGCUGGACCCGGACAGACCUGUUCAAGAGCGAGCGGGACCGGGUCAUUAUAUACUGCCCGACGAAGGAUCUCGUGGCGGAGCUUGCUGACAUGCUCGGCUGUCCGUCCUACACAGCCGAGUCCGGCACAGAAGAAGAGAAGAUGGCGAUCAUAGAGCGAUGGCUAACGGCAGCCGAUUCGCCCAUCAUCGUGGCGACGUCAGCGCUGGGUCCUGGGUUUGACUACCCUCAUAUUCGAUUGGUCAUUCACGUUGAUGCCCCGAGCCUUCUGACGGAUUUCUCUCAGGAGUCAGGUAGAGCGGGUCGGGAUGGCGAAGUAGCCGAGUCGAUCGUUUUACUUAGUGCAGCCUGGCAGCCGCAGUUAGGUCGACCUGUAGCAGCAGACAAAGAGGCCAUGCAACUGUAUCUUUUGCAGGAAUACUGCUCGCGCGGGGUCCUGAGCCAAUUCCUUGAUAGCAAACCUGACUGGCGGUGGUGCAUGGAGGGCGAUGAGCUCUGUAGCGUUUGUCCCGAGCAUCACGUGCAAUGCCGACCGCCUACCCUAGAGUUCCAUCUACCACGGCCCCUACGUGAUGAGACUGAAGCCGGACAGGACGGGGACAACGGCAGCGGUGACGUUGCCGUUAGUGAGAUGAUCUUUACUGGACCUGCCGAGGUGCUCCAUCAGGACCAACUUGUGCUCGACGUUUUGAUUGGAUUCGAGCUAAGCAAAAAGCACUUCGAGACUGUCAGAGCAAGAAGAAGGAAUGGAUGGACCGGCACGCUGUGUGCUGGAAGUGUUACCAGCCGCAAGAGAUCUGGCGAGCUGCGGAUCUGGAGUACGAAGGGGACAAAUCGUGCCAAUACCCAGAUAUGGUAA